AUGUCGCCUGCAUCUUCCAUCACCGGCUCUAAUGCCCCAUCUGCUGCGUCGGACCACGAUGAAUCUACAUACCUUUCCAGGAGCCGGGUGAUUCACUGGGUUCGCAUCGCCCUGUCCUCCCUCUCGCUUGUCCUUGCGGCUGCUGCUGUUGGCUGUGAAGGCCACGCUCUCAAUUAUUACAAGAGCACAGUCAAGUACGACAAGUUCUGGCUUCCUCUUUGGCCAAAGGGGUUGAACCUGGGUCCAAGCAUCGCCAUAAUCGUCUGCGGGACUAUUCUGCUCGUCUUCAACCUGGCCUAUACUAUCGUUGCUGUUCUGCCUUCUCCACGGUCACGAGUGCUGUUGCUAAACGCUUUCAUCACCAUCAUUGCAUUCUCUGGCUUCAUCGCCUCGGUAGCGGCGGUUGCUACUUCAGUGAUCGCGUACAAUCCUCACUACACUGACGGAGGCGCACAACUGGGCCAGACUAUCAAUUCGUGGACGUGCACCUGGAGCUACGGCGGGGGCGUCGACUCCGAGGGGAUCCAGAUACCGCCAGUGUCCAACUUCAAUCGUCUUUGCAGAGAAACUCGCGCAUCCUUUGCCAUCAUGUGUGUCAUGAUUGCGGUUCAGUUCCUAUCUUGUCUUUCAGCGGGCUGUGGAUGGUGGUUGGAGGUUGAGAUGAAUAAGAAGAGGAGCUUCGCUGCCUCUGGAGAAUCACAAGUAGAGAAACGCCACAACUCCGUGUAG